GGGAGACGGGCUCCGCACAAGAUGGCGGACGAGAGAGAGCGGGAAGAGAUUUUAGUAGCAGAAUAUCACAAGAAAAUCAAAGACGCAUUUGAAGUGUUUGACCAUGAAACGAAUAAUACAGUGGAUGUGAGAGAGAUUGGAACCAUCAUCAGGUCGUUAGGAUGCUGCCCUAGUGAAGGAGAGCUGCAAGAUCUGAUUGCAGAGGUGGAGGAGGAAGAACCCACUGGAUACAUAAGAUAUGAAAAAUUUCUUCCAGUGAUGACGAGUGUACUGCUAGAAAGAAGGUACCGACCAGUUCCAGAAGAUGUCCUUCUUCGAGCUUUUGAGGUUUUAGAUUCAGCUAAACGCGGGUUUAUGAUGGUAUCUGAUGAUGUUCCCUUCUUGUCCCUCCCAGGUGAGCCUUUUUCUCAAGAAGAAAUGGAAGAAAUGUUGUCUGCUGCAAUUGAUCCAGAGUCAAACGCAAUUCAUUACAAGGACUAUAUCACAAUGAUGGUGAUAGAUGAGCAUUAAGUAUUCUAAGUUCUAAAUGAAAAGAUAAUUUA